CAGCCGCCCGCGGAGAAACAUCAGGCGGUGUUAAAAAGCUUUGCGCAGGCGCGGUGAGCCCCUGCAGAUUUUUCGUUAAGCGUGGAGAGAGAACGAAAAGACAGUUGGUGUGUUGUCGCGCGCGCGGCGCAUGCGCGCCUCCCCCACUCUCUCAGUGCCCGCCUCCCUUUGGACGGUGCCCGCUCUAUGGGGCACGCGCCUCGGUGUUUACCUCAGCAACAGCCGCCGCGGGGGAAGAAGACAGGAGAUAGGAGAGACGAGGAGGAGGACAACGACCACGAAGAAAGCGAGGGUGGAGCGAAGGGAAGAUGCCGGGGAAGCUGAAGGUCAAGAUUGUGGCGGGACGGCACCUGCCCGUCAUGGACCGAGCCAGUGACCUGACUGACGCCUUCGUGGAGGUGAAGUUUGGAAAUACCACAUUUAAGACAGAUGUGUAUCCAAAAUCUCUCAAUCCUCAAUGGAAUUCUGAAUGGUUUAAGUUUGAGGUGGAUGAUGAAGAUCUACAAGAUGAGCCUCUACAGAUAACUGUCCUUGAUCACGAUACUUACAGUGCUAAUGAUGCCAUUGGAAAAGUUUACAUUGAUAUUGAUCCUCUCCUCUACAGUGAAGCAGCUACAGUUAUCUCUGGCUGGUUUCCAAUUUAUGAUACGAUACAUGGUAUACGUGGAGAGAUCAAUGUGGUGGUGAAAGUAGACCUCUUCAAUGAUUUAAAUCGUUUUAGACAGUCAUCGUGUGGAGUAAAGUUUUUUUGCACUACAUCUAUUCCAAAAUGUUAUAAAGCUGUAAUUAUUCAUGGGUUUGUAGAAGAACUGGUGGUUAAUGAAGAUCCAGAAUAUCAAUGGAUUGACCGAAUCCGCACACCAAGGGCAUCAAAUGAGGCCAGGCAGAGGCUUAUUUCAUUAAUGUCAGGAGAACUGCAAAGGAAGAUUGGCUUAAAAGUACUUGAAAUGAGAGGGAACGCAGUUGUUGGCUAUUUGCAGUGUUUUGAUCUGGAGGGAGAAUCUGGACUAGUAGUACGAGCCAUAGGAACAGCCUGUACCUUGGAUAAAUUAAGUAACACAUCAGCAUUCUUACCUGCAUGUAAUUCCCCAUCCAAAGAAAUGAAGGAGAUUCCUUUCAAUGAAGAUCCCAAUCCCAAUCCUCAUUCAUCAGGACCCUCCACCCCUCUGAAAAACCAAAUCUAUUCCUUUUCACCUUCCAAGUCCUACAGUCGACAGUCCUCUUCUUCUGACACAGAUUUGAGUUUGACACCCAAAACUGCACUUUCCCCACAGAGACCUAGGAUUUUCCUGUUUCCCAGCUCCCCUACACUCUGUUGUGAUUCCCCAAAGCUUAAACAGUCCUGUCACAUUCUCUCUGGGUCUAGCUCUAACCCUCUUCACUCUAGUCAUGCCAACACAGUUCUGAGGAAAAGUGUUUCUUUCACGGAAGAGCUGCUUCUGGCUGCUUCUGGAAUGGGCAGUGGGAGUGCUGGAAAAGAAGGGGGCCCCUUAAAAGCUCUGUUAAGACAGCAAACUCAGUCGGCUCUGGAGCAAAGGGAAUUUCCUUUUUUUACUUUGACGGCCUUUCCUUCAGGCUUCCUUCUCCACGUUGGUGGUGUUGUCAGUGCCCGCUCAGUGAAGCUCUUGGAUCGCAUUCAUAAUCCUGCCUUUGUCGGAAUUAUGGGUAACACAAGAUCAUACAAACUGCUAGACUGGAAUAGUUUCAAUUCAGAUGACCCAGAGACACGAGAUGCAUGGUGGGCAGAAAUCCGACAAGAAAUAAAAUCCCAUGCAAAGGCAUUGGGAUGUCAUGCUGUAGUGGGCUAUAGCGAAUCAACUAGCAUUUGUGAAGAGGUCUGUAUUUUGUCUGCAUCCGGCACGGCAACUGUACUGAACCCUAGGUUUCUCCAAGAUGGCACCACGGAAGUCUGUUUGGAACAAAGGUUGUCAUGGCAGCCUGGCUACUUUUCCAUAGGGUCAGAGAAGGGAGAGGUUGAUUUUUUUCCUCAAAACCAGGAUAGUUCUUCUCUAUUAGGGUUAGAGGAAACAUCACCUGUAGGUUGUGGCUUUUGCCACAUACCAUACGAUGAGCUCAACAUGCCAUUCCCUGCUCACCUCACUCACUGCUGCAACUGCAGGAAGCAAAAAGUCCCUGAUGUUCUUUUCACGACAAUAGAUUUGCCUGUGGAUGCUCUGGUGGUUGGGAAAGGAUGUCUAAUUCAAGCCAGGUUGUGUCGGCUCAAAAAGAAAGCACAAGCUGAAGCAAAUGCAACUUCCAUCAGUAAUCUGUUGCCAUUUAUGGAAUAUGAAGUACACACUCAGCUAAUGAAUAAGCUAAAGCUGAAGGGAAUGAAUGCACUUUUUGGGCUGAGGAUUCAGAUUACAGUGGGAGAAACAAUGCUAAUGGGUUUGGCAUCUGCCACUGGUGUAUAUCUGACUGCUUUACCAACUCCGGGUGGUAUUCAAAUUGCUGGGAAGACACCAAAUGAUGCCACUUAUGAACAACAUAUAUCGCACAUGCAGAAGAAGAUAAAUGAUACAAUGGCCAAAAAUAAGGAGCUUUAUGAGAUUAACCCUCCUGAGGCAUCUGAAGAAAUUAUAGGUUCACCCAUUCCUGAACCAAGGCGAACUAGGCUGCUAAGAUCUCAGUCUGAAAGUUCUGAUGAAAUCACAGAAUUGGACCUCUCACAUGGAAAGAAAGAUGCUUUCGUUUUGGAGAUUGAUGAUACGGAUGCAAUGGAAGAUGUUCACUCUUUAUUGACAGAUGUCCCUCCACCUUCAGGCUUUUAUAGCUGCAACACAGAAAUUAUGCCUGGUAUAAACAACUGGACUUCUGAUAUACAGAUGUUCACAUCAGUGAGAGUCUCCAGGCUUAAUAAUGUUACCCUAACAAACCAAACACUCAACAAGACCUUUAAUGAUCUCUGUGAGAAUCUGCUCAAGAGCCUGUAUUUUAAACUUCGGUCUAUGAUUCCUUGCUGUCUGUGCCAUGUAAAUUUUACAGUUGCUCUUCCAGAGGACGAACUAAUUCAGGUCACUGUUACAGCAGUUGCAAUAACAUUUGACAAACAUCAAGCUUUGCAAGCAGCUAAAACUCCUGCAGAAAAAACAUUACAAAGAGCUUCUGCAGACAAUGAAGAACAACUACAGUUUCCACUGGAGCUUUCUUCUGAUCCUCAUGCUCCUCAACAAUUUUCACCUACUAAAGAGGACCUGGAGAAUGCAAGUUCCCACACAGGUAUACCAGCUGCCCAAAGAGCAACAUCAGUUGAUUACAGUUCCUUUGCAGACAGAUGCAACAGCUGGAUAGAAUUCAUUAAACUGAAAGCUCAGACCAUAAGGCGUGGAUCAAUUAAGACAACCAUAUCGCUUGACAAGCCAAGUCCACUGACAGAAGGACAGUCCCGUCGUUCUGGUCCAUCCAGCAUUAAUUCCACUGUGCCAGUUGUUAAGAUGACACCUCUUUCUUUCAUCCCUGGGGCAAAAAUAACCAAAUACCUUGGAAUAAUUAACAUGUUUUUUAUACGAGAAACUACUUCUUUGCGUGAGGAGGGUGGCGUGAGUGGCUUCCUGCAUGCUUUCGUCGCUGAAGUGUUUGCAAUGGUCAGGGCUCAUGUGGCAGCUCUUGGAGGAAAUGCUGUUGUCUCGUACAUCAUGAAACAGUGUGUGUUCAUGGAGAAUCCAAACAAAAAUCAGGCACAGUGCCUAAUAAAUGUCAGUGGAGAUGCAGUCAUCUUCAUACGUGAAUCGGAACUGGAAGGGGCGCCAAACCAGCUUCCUACUGCUGGCUAUCAACUUACAAACACAAAAGAUGCCACAAGUUACAACAUGAAGAAAUGAAAUGGUUUUAAUCAUACUGUGAGAUCUCUUCAAAGUGUCAGAUGGAAUGGCUUUGUUUUCAAUCAGCACUGCUCCAUAUCUUAAGGACAGCUCUAUUUUCAGGCAAUCAGUAAAUAUCAUCCAUCAAAUUUUGUAAGAGCCAGGGUACCAUCUAAUAAGUCCCUGUACACAUGAAAGAACACCUGUCUAAAAGAAGAACCAGAAACAGCAGUCAUAAGGAUAUUGCCCUGUGUUUUAUACGGCUAGGACAAAUAUCUAACUUGGAAACUUUGAGAAACAGAUAUUACUAAUUCUCAGAUUAAGGAGGGAGGUGAUUUAUAUUACAACUGGAAUAUAACUGAGAAAUUUAAAUCUCUCCAUCUUUUUGACAAAAGGAAGAACUGGUUUCAACAACACUGCCAAAUACGCAAUUUGCAAAAUAAAAAUAGCUUUUGAAACUAGUGAGAAUAAUAGGCAUCACAAACUGGACAGUCUGGAUGUAGCUGCAUGUUAAAAUAUGUUUUUUCAUGUUUGUGAACUAUUGGAUACUUUUCUAUUGUACAUUUUUUUAUUUUAAAUUGCUAAAUAGGAUUAUGGUAAAAUAACUGGUUCAGGUAACUAUUGACAUUUAAUGUUUUUGAAACAAUAGUGAUAGAAGAAAAUCUGCUAUGUAAAGUCCAUGAAAUCCCAGCAGCGUAUGAAGAUGAAAUUAGGGCUUAGUAUUUUGCAGGUUGCAAAUACGAGGAAAUUGGAGAAACAGCAGUAUUCUAGAGAGGCCACCACUCAAGAUGACUUUAAAUAUGGAACUACAAAAGAUGAGGAUUGCUGUAGUAAAUAGAAGCAAGUCAAUUUCUGACACACCUGGAAGGAUUUGAUAGCAGAUUAGAAAAAAAGUCCACAGAUCUGAGAAACUGCUAAUAAUAGAUGCAAUCCUAGACACUUGCAUGCAUGGGUAGAGAAGAUGUAUGCAUGCUAAAGCAUGAAAGAUGUUUUGAAAGUUUAUCUGGCAGUGAUCACUUGGCAGAACAGGCAUACCACCUUUCUUUUCCAUUUAAAACUGGCUUGUCUCUUCAGCGAGUGAGCAGCUGCAGGAAGAACUUUUUUUAAAAAACUGUGGAUGCACAUUUUCCCUCACUCAUGCUCACGGCCAUACAGGAACACAGUCCAAGUGUUUUGAUGGCCUUCAGUAUGGAACUUGAAGAAGUUAUGUAAACUUGAAUGUAAAUAGAUGACAUUUUGCUAGAUCUAGGUACAGAAAUUAUAUAUUAUUUGUCCAAUUCAGAGAUUCCAUUGUAAAUGAGAAUGAUGAAAAUCACAUUCCUAUUGCAUAAU